AUCGUCCUUAUGUCUACAAUUUUCAUCAAUCCAUGCAAUCUGCAUGUAUGUCACAACAAGUAGGGCCUCACUAGCGUCAACCAGGCACCUGACUUUUGUGCAUAAAAAUAUAUCGAUGACUGUACCUCAGCGAUAUCAGUCGACUAUUGAAGUGUUUACCGUUGAAGUCAAGAUGUCACCACCAUCUUAUAUCCCAGAUCAUCAUACUGAUACAUGGCGCUACGUUGUCAUCUUGGCAAAGAUGUUGGUUCACGCUCUGCAUCCGGGUCUUGUCAAGGCCAUGUCAGUCUUUCUCCCGUUCCUGGUCAUCCAGCUCGAUAUGACGCAAUCAACCGCUGGAUUCAUCAUCGCCAUGGAAUACGGGGUGCAUAUGUUCGCCUGUCCAAUCAGUCAUUUCUUAGCCCAGAGAUUUGGCUGUCGAACUGUAACAACGAUCGGCGGCUUUCUGUCUGCAGUAUCCCUCUUGGCCGGAGCCUUCAGCCAAUCAGCAAUCUCCCUGGGGUGUUCUUUCUUUCUCACAGGUAUUUUCUCUUCUCCACUGAGGCAACUGUCAAGUGAGACCCUUCACCAGUACUAUGGCGAAUACUAUGGCCAAGUUGCGGCAGUCACACAGUUGGGCACGCACAUGGGGAAUUUCCUGAUGCCAUGCUUGGCCAUGUUUUGUCUGGAAGCCUAUGGGCUGAGAGGGAGUCUGUUGUUCCUGAGUGCGGUGGCCUUCCAUGGCGUACCAAUAGGAGCGUCAUUGCGUCCUCCGCAGUGUCCACGACGCCCACGCCCAUCCGAUGAUGUUGAGCUUGAUGAGCUUCAUCCACUCCAACCCAGAGGCAGUUUGGCGGGUCAAACUAGAAUCGCUGCAAAUUCUAAAGACCUACAACCCGAUGAAUGCACAGAGCAGAAUCAAACCACAAGCACAACUUUGAAAGCGAUCCAAGAUAUCAUACACGAUACCCUUGAUUUUAUCAAAAUGGAGCGUGUUUUUAUAUUUGUAAUGCUUCCCUGCCAGGUGUUGUUUGAUACAUCGUAUUGCGGGUGGACAGUGUUUUUAUUCUCAUAUGGAACAGCAGAAGGAUUGCCGGUGAAUACAUCAGUGUACCUGGUAAUGAUUGGUUCUAUUGGCGGUGUGACCGGAUGGCUUGUACUCAUAGCAGUCCUAUAUAAACAUCCCCUGGUGACGCCUCACAUGUUGGCACUCGACCUCGGUGUAUCAUCCAUAGCGCUCCUUGCAUACCCUCUCAAUUCCUCACCAACCUACCUAGCCAUUUGUUCCUUUGUUGCCGGAUUCGGCUUCUACAAUUCUUACUCGACAUUCUAUGGUGCCGUCUCUGUGAAGGUGAAAACGGAAAACUUCCCAAAGGCCGUUGCUUGCUCUUUUAUGACAUGUGGAAUCUCAUAUCUUAUUUCAGGAAUGCUCACAGGGUUCCUUUACGAUCUCGUCGGCUCAUACAGAGAUGUCUUCCGUAUCUUUGGAAUCUCAUUGGCUACCGCCAGUUUGGCAAUAUCCAUUACUCUAUGUCUCGAUUCCUGCAGGCGCAAUGGUUCUUAG